AUGUUCCCACCUGGUGACAGCUUUCCACCUGGUACCAACAGCAGUAGCAGCAACAGCAGCAAUCCUUUCCUGUUAUCGGACGAUGAGGCGGAUAGCUACUGGGCGAGGGCGAAAUGCCGCGUUCCCAACUGCGACCAGGAUGCAGCUAAAGGCAAUGUCGCAUGCACGCAUCACCUAAUGGGACUUGUCCCCAAGUCGGCCAGGAAUUCCGACAGACUAUCUUUUGAGUCUCAUCGUCCUGUACAAAGUAACGGCGCUCGAAUUCCACACGAACCAGUUGUCUCGGCCAACCGGAAAACCCUGGAGGCUAAGGCGACCGCCAGGAAGACGGCUAAUAAGAGGCGUCCAUUGUACCCUGGCGAAAGGAUCUUGAAUGCCCAAAUGUCUGCAGAAUUGCGGAGCGGCCAUCUGUCAAGCAAGAUCACGUCGCAGAGAGCCGUGAACUCGCGAUCGCCGCCAAUCGAGGGCUCCGCCAACAAGAAGCAGCGGGCAAUCUCACCAACCUUCGAUGGCGCUGGUUUCAAUUCUGCGCCAUUUCCUUCGCCUCUUGCCCUGCCAAAGGCAUUCGCUUACGACGGCAAGCAGAAUGGGGCUUCGAACGCUGUGCCCAGUCAAUUACCGAGAUUUCAUGAUGAUUUGCAAAUGAUGGAUACCAACACCACAAAAGCCCAAGAGAAUCCACUGAGUGCUCCAUCUUCAUACACUGAGUACCUCAGAACCCCCCUCAGCAACUCGAUACCUGGUGUACGGCCACAACUUCCGAGGCUUAAUGAAGAACCACGGCCCAGCCUGGAUGAAGAACCAACUGGCAUUGCGAGUUGGGGCAGUUCUGGCGAUGAGGCCAACGCCAAUAAUGUCUCUAUCAACGCAUCAAUUGAGGAAGCACAGCCUUUCAAGGCACCUCUUGCUAAGUUGGAGGGCAACAAAGAGAUUUCCGUCAAAACAACACCUACCAAGACAAAGGCUAGCCAGAGCGAAACGAUGUCUGCCUCACGGUCCUCCAAAGCCCGACCCGCUGCAAGUACACCGCCGUUGGAGAGACAACGGCGGCGUCUAGUUGAAGAGAAAGACACGUCGAUCCUAGAUUCCUAUAUAUACGGACAGCAGGGCUCCUCUCAAGUUGUUCCACCCAUGGUUGAGAAGCGAUGCGACCAACAAGGGCGUCAGGUGCAGGAAGGCCAUGUUCGAUUUGACCAUUUGGAUCCCCGAACUCAUCGAACCAGACCGCACUCAGAAGCGUGGUAUCUGCAGAAAGAGGAGGAAAUCAAGGCCCGCGGAGGAAGAAAAGCGAAUUUAGAGAGUCCUGAGGAUUUCGAGGAGAGCCUACCAGACCGCGUCCGCAACAAUGAGAACUGGAACAGCAUGAUCGAACAGCCCGCUGCAGCCCCAGCGACUCCUGUGAGGACCAAGCGGCCAUACGUUAGACGAAAGCCGGUCGGGCACUGA